ACCCCUUCCCUCCCUGCCGCGGGCGGCCGUGUGAGCGCGUCAUGGCCGCCUCGAAGCCCGUGGAGGCGGCGGGGAGCGGCGGCGGUGGAGGUUCGGGAUUGUCACGCUGGCAGUUGGCGUUGGUACUGGGGGCGCCGAUUCUCCUGGGCGCCGGCGCGCUCUACCUGUGGGGGAGGCGGGCAGCCCGCCGCGGCGGCAAGGGCGCGAAUGAGCGGAAGACCCCCGAGGGUCGGGCGAGCCCCGGGCCCUGCGGCAGCGGCCAGCCCGAUGGGCCCGGCCAUGAGGAGAUGAGCCCUCUGGAUAGAGCCCAAGCAGCCAAGAACAAAGGAAACAAAUACUUUAAAGCAGGAAAGUAUGAGCAAGCUAUUCAGUGUUACACUGAGGCCAUCAGCCUGUGCCCUCCUGAGAAGAACCUUGAUCUUUCUACCUUCUAUCAAAAUAGAGCUGCUGCCUAUGAACAACUGCAAAAAUGGACAGAAGUGGCACAAGACUGCACAAAAGCUGUCGAGCUUAAUCCUAAAUAUGUAAAAGCUCUCUUCAGACGUGCAAAGGCUCAUGAGAAGCUAGACAAUAAGAAGGAAUGUUUAGAAGAUGUCACUGCAGUCUGCAUUUUAGAAGCCUUCCAAAACCAGCAAAGUAUGUUAUUAGCUGAUAAAGUUCUUAAACUCCUUGGGAAAGAAAAGGCCAAAGAGAAAUAUAAGAAUCGUGAGCCUCUGAUGCCCUCACCACAGUUCAUUAAAUCCUACUUCAGUUCUUUCACAGAUGAUAUAAUCUCCCAACCUUUGCUUAAGGGUGAGAAAUCAGAUGAAGACAAGGAUAAGGAAGGAGAGGCUUCUGAAGUAAAAGAGAACUCUGGCUAUUUGAGAGCAAAACAAUAUAUGGAGGAAGAGAACUAUGACAAAAUUAUCAGUGAAAGCACUAAAGAAAUCGAAGCAAAGGGAAAGUACAUGGCAGAAGCUUUGCUUCUACGAGCUACUUUCUACCUGCUCAUUGGCAAUGCAAAUGCUGCCAAACCAGACCUGGAUCAGGUCAUCAGCAUGGAAGAUGCAAAUGUGAAGCUCCGAGCUAAUGCUCUGAUCAAACGAGGCAGUAUGUUCAUGCAGCAGCAGCAACCGGUGCUGUCCACUCAGGACUUCAACAUGGCUGCUGACAUUGAUCCUCAGAAUGCAGAUGUUUACCACCAUCGAGGACAACUGAAAAUCUUGCUUGACCAAAUUGAAGAGGCUGUGGAAGACUUUGAUGAAUGCAUCCGAUUGCGACCCGAUUCUGCCUUGGCUCAAGCACAGAAAUGUUUUGCUCUGUAUCGCCAAGCUUACACAGGAAACAAUCCUUUGCCUGUGCAAGUAGCCAUGAAAGGCUUUGAAGAUGUCAUUAAAAAGUUUCCAAAGUGUGCUGAAGGCUACGCGCUCUAUGCUCAGGCACUAACUGAUCAACAGCAGUUUGGCAAGGCUGAUGAGAUGUAUGAUAAGUGCAUUGACCUUGAGCCAGACAAUGCUACUACAUAUGUUCAUAAAGGUUUACUUCAGCUUCAGUGGAAGCAAGAUUUAGACAAAGGAUUAGAACUCAUAAGCAAGGCCAUUGAAAUUGAUAACAAAUGUGAUUUUGCAUAUGAAACCAUGGGAACGAUUGAAGUGCAAAGAGGUAAUCUGGACAAAGCCAUCGAAAUGUUCAACAAAGCGAUCAACCUGGCCAAAUCGGAAAUGGAGAUGGCCCACCUCUACUCCCUCUGUGAUGCUGCCUACGCCCAGACAGAAGUCGCAAAGAAGUAUGGAUUGAAACCACCAACACUGUAAAGCAAGGAGGAGGAAGUGACAUUCUGAAGCGAAGCUGCCCGCUUCAGCCAGCCCUGAAGACGCUGUUGCAGACCAUGCUGAAUGGUGGAACUUAGUUUUUUUUCCCCUGUUCGUGGUGUUGUCAUUUGCUACAUCCGUUCCAUGUUUAGGUGUUGUGGGAGUGGUUGUUCACGGGAGUAACGCAGCGCUGCAUCUUGUUCCCUCCGCCUGCAGCAAAAAAAACCUUAAGUGUGUGAUGAGGGAAAGAAAGCUGCAGGGGAACAAUAAACCUAAACCAAGAAAACGUUGGCCAUGCAAAUAAAAACUUCACAGUGCUUCACUUCGGGGUGAGGAUGGUGUGGGCGAUUCUUGCUUUGUCAGUUCAUAUUAACAGCAUGUGGGUUUGGUCUUUCUUUUUUCCCCCUGUUGAUUUUUAAAGGUAAUACUAGUCAGUGGGGUAAAAUAGGUUUCUUUUUUUAUAUGAAGUUAAUUCUUGAGGGUUGAUUUUAAUUUUGCAAAAGAAGAAAAAAAAAAACAAAACAAGGUAAUUUUCAAACUGUUUAAUAACAGAGGGUUUUGGUUGUUUUUUAAGUGGAGAGAAUCCCUGUAAAUAUAAGCAGGCAUGCACAAUCUUCCCUUAAAGCCUCUCCCACUCUCUGCAUAACUUAGAAAUUGUCCUGUGGCAGCUACUAGGGAAUUAAGUUGAUAGUCCUUUUUCUCACCCCAGGAAGCCCUAAGGUACUGUAUGGAAGAGCUAGUUAAAGAAAGUGGCUGGGGAAGGAGGUCAGGUAAUGCUGCUUCAGUGUAGGCUUCACUGGAAGGAAGGCUCUAUUCCUGUGCAGCAAGCCUUACUUCAGUGUCACAAGAAAUUGUUCUGGAGAGUUCAGAAGGACUUUUCAAGAUCGGAAAGCACUGCUGGUAGUAGAGCUGCCGAGGUAAGGUCAUGCUUGCAUAUAAUCUUUGUAAAUCUCUGCCACUCUUCAUUAAAUGUAACAGCUAAUAGACUCUCUACAUUCUCUGCAGUCUCUAAAGACUGCUGUCAUCUGAUCUGCUCCUGGUAGUAGUCCCUUUGCAGAAUGAAGUGAGAUAAGGAACAAAGCAUAGGCUAAAACUCCCAAUAAUGGUUUUAGAAUCUGUACUGGUUUCCUUGGCUUUAGACCCUGUCUUGUCUAAGAUUACAAACACUGUAGAGGGGCAGCAACUGCUCUGCAAACAGCACGUUGGUGAAUUAUUAAAUACUGGCAUAGGCCCUCUUCCUCCAGCUAGGAAUGUCCCAGAGGGCUCCCUUCCUUUGGGAUGAUCUUUCUGGUGUAGAAGUCAGCCCAUCCUGCCUCUGGCUGGGUUGACGUGGCUGGAUAAACCUCCUGCAGAUACUUGAGUGAUGUAGCUUAAUUUACAAUAUGCUAAUUCGGGCUUUUUCCUGUCCUGACAUCCUAGGUCUGCUUGUGCUGAAUUGUCUAAUGUAUUUAAUCUUUUGAAGAAAUGAACCAUGCUGUAGUCAAACUGUCUUGUUCUCUAGUUGUGCCACCACAGAGCAGCAGCUUGUGUUUUCAACUUGACCUUCCUUUCUCCCGGCAGCUACAGCUGAGAAUUCAAAGGUGGAGAGCAGACAAAAAGAUUGAAUCAUUGUAGUUUAGCUAUCCCAGUAGGUGACCUGAAAUCAUACUGUUGGUGUAGAAUUGAAGGCAUUGGAAGGUACUGGCAGCUUCUAAGGAUACUGCACGUAAGUGUUAAAUGUCUUCUGGAUCUUCCAGUCUGCAUCACUACCCGAGAUCAAAGAGAAGCCAGACUGACUGACAGGUCCUGUUCCCCUGAGGAGUUUUUAUUCGCAUGGCCUUAUCUCCAUUGGCAUUUUCUCCUCUUCACCCUGCCCAUCACCCCACUCCUUAUCCCACCCCAUCAAUUAAAGGGGGGAAAAAA